CAAGAACGAAAUAAAUAUCAACAAAAUAACAUGGAAAAUAAAAGGAUAAAGGAAGAAAUGGAAAUGUUGAUAAAAAUGAGAAAUACAGAGACCACAAGACAAACCAACAUGAAAAAUUACAAUUAUUGGUCAAAUAACUUCACAGAGGAAAGCCACAUCCACGCUCGCACAAAAAUCACAUGUAUGAGGAAAAUGGCUAGGAAGGGUCAAAUUAAAUGGUAAACGCCACCCUUCGCAAAAAUCAAAUCAUAAACCGAAGAAUAGAAAAAACACAUUAUCAUGCGUGCCAAUCAAGAAAACAAAAUGAACAACAACGGAGGACAUACAAAACAAAAAAGGGGCUGCCAAACACCAUCAAUUACUAAAUUUACAAAAACAACUGCGAUUUCACACCGGCAAAACCAAACGCAAAACUCCACAUACAUGAUUAAAACAAAUCAUUUAUCAAUGGCAAAGAUCAUACAUGACAGAAAUUAGUCAACCAAAAGGAUGAAGACAAAACACAUCGGAUCAAACACAAAAUCAAUCACGAUAUAUAAAGAACGAAAAAGGAAGAAAAAGGAGUAACAUAUAUUAUUCAUAAAAACAAACAUCAAUUGAUAUCUGUUCUGGACUAACCAUUAAUAAAUUCAAAAAAAAUUUUUUUCAAAAAAAUUUUUUUAAAAAAAUCAUCUUAAAAAUAUUAAAUAACGGAGUAAAAACCAACAAUAGAAAAUAAAAACAGAGUACAAUUAAGAUGGAGAGAAAAAAAGUUUUAGAACCAUUCUAUCAACAGACCAAGGCUCUCAACAUAUCGUGUCCCAGCCCAAAUGUCUCCUCCAUCAAAAAUAGCACCUUAGAAGACAUUUCCAUAAAAAACAAAGGGAGCAAACAAAAGGAUACCACAUAUCAAGACUGUUAUUCUAUUCCAAACGGACAAUUGAUAACAUCUGAUUUCUACAACAACCAUGAAGAACCAAUCAUACAAAUUCCUGAGCCUAACCAGUCAAACAAUUCUUUAAUAAUUUCUCUAAGUCAAUUGAGUGACCCUUCCAUAUCCAAUUUCGACAGUGAUUGCUAUAUAAUAAACUCAGGAGUUGAAACUGCUCUGACCGUUAUAAAGGAAAUAGAGAAAGAAAACAAAUUAAAACAAACGAAAAAAUCAAGGAACAAUUCUGAAUUUUUUGAACAAAAAGAAAAUUUAAAUACAACAACACCUGAUAUAACAGAAUUAUUAAACAUAUUAGAGACAAAUAAAAAUACUCAAAACCUAUUCAUAGAAAAUUCAAAGGAAGAAAAUAAUUAUGCAAGUACUGAUGAGUAUUCCUAUUUUGAAAAAAAUGUAAAUUUCAAUUCAACAUUCAUCGAAAUCGAAAAAGGAAUUGAAUCAAAUACAGAAAAGAAUGAAAAGGAUAUAAUUAAUUUUAAACAAAGAAGUCCAAAAGAUUUCACGGAAAAAACAAAAGAUGUAAAAAAUGUAAAUUUAAUUAUUGGAGAGGUAAAGGAAAAAAUCAACAAGGCAGAGACAACAAAUCAAAAACUUAAACAAGAACGAAAUAAAUAUCAACAAAAUAACAUGGAAAAUAAAAGGAUAAAGGAAGAAAUGGAAAUGUUGAUAAAAAUGAGAAAUACAGAAAGACCAUCAACAUCUAAAAAUGCUCUUCUUCUGAAUAAAGAAUUUCUAACACUUAAGAAAAAAUCAGUACAAACUACCUAUCUCAAAAAUUUAACAAAUAUAAUGAGCCAAAAGAAUCAUCAAAAUAUUGAUCAAAAGGAACAAAAUUUUGUAAAGGAUGUCGUGUUUAAUGAACAAAAUGAUUCGGCAUUUAAUGAAGCUUUAAUGGUUUUAGAAAGUCUCGAUAAAAGAAAUGUAGAAAGUAUGGAUUUGAAACGGAAACAUUCUGUAUAUAAAGAAAAGGAAGAAAAUAAAGAAAAUUUUAAAAAACAAAAAUUAGCAACUAAUAAGGAAAAGCAGAUACAGGAUACAAUUAAUCUUAUCAAAAUUAUGGAUAAAGAGAAAACAGCAAUAAAUGAGGAGAUAAACAUUAGCGAAACUGAUAUUAACACCAUAUUACAAUUAUUGGAUGAAACCUUUAGACAAGAAAUAGACAAUGAAACAGAAAAUUGCAAUAAAAAUGCGAAUAUAGAACACAUUGUGGAAGUAGAAGGGAAGGUUAAUGAAGGAAGAGCAAAACAAAAGGAAACCAUAAAGGAUACAAUAGAUCAAAUAAAACCGUAUAAUCUAGCAACAAUUGACAUGGAAAAUCAACGAAAUGGGAUGUCAGAAUUAUAUACUGACUUCAUAAAACCAGUACCUGGGGGGUUUGAAAAUUUAACCUCAAUCAAUGUUCCUGAGGAUGUAAAAAUUAUAUUAAGUCUUGGUUAUAAGUUCGUGAUACCAAGUAAAAUAACCAUCAGUGACUAUACCAACUAUCUCUAUGCCAUUAACGACUACAUUGAACAAUCACAUACAAAUCCUUCAAUAUCAAUGGGUGGGCACAUGAUCGAGUGCUAUGACGUCUUAAUUAAUCGUUUAAAACAAUCUAUGUCUAGUAUCGAGAAAAAUAUAAAAAACAAAAUGGAGAAAACAAUACAAUUUAUAAAGGAACAUAAAGAUAUAUGUCUGGUUAUGAGUGAUAAGGCUAAAAGUAUUGUCCUAAUUUACAAAAAUCAAUAUCUAGAAAAGAUGAAUGCAUGGAUUGAUAAAUGUAUUGAAAAUGGACAAUAUAGGAAAAUUGAAACAACAGAGGAGGCAAGGUUAAUAAACACAGGGUGGUAUCAUGAGUAUAUACUUAUAUCAAAUCAAUUAUCUGAUCAAUAUAAAAAUGCAACUGAAAAACCAUACCCAACCAGCCUCCAUAAAUCCAUGUUAUCCAAAAAAAGGCCUAAUGUUCCAGUGCCUUAUCUGUAUGGUGUUUUGAAAACCCAUAAAGAAAACAAUCCAUGUAGGCCAAUAUGCAAUACACGCAGUCACUAUUGUCAUCCUCUACAAAAAAUUAUAAGUCAUAUACUUACAAAAGUAUGUAAUGAACUUUUGUCCGAAUUCAAUGUACGAGACAUUAAUAAAGUAGCCGAAAAAAUACGAUCCUUGACACCCUUUCCGGAUUUCCAUUUCUAUAAAUUAGACAUAGAAAACAUGUAUCCCAGCAUGGACCGAGCUGACAUAAAAAAUGCCGUAAAAAAACUUAUAUAUCAUCCUAUUUAUAAACAUAAAACUUCCAUGUGUCCAAACAUUUUGGAAAAAAUGUUAGAUCUAUGUCUAGGAAAUAACACCAUCUUUUUAUUCAACAAAACCUAUUAUUUACAAACAUCCGGAUUACCACAAGGCGCUUGUGACUCAGGAUUAUUGGCCACAAUACUUCUCGAUAAAAGAUUAGCCACUCAUCACGAAAAAAUCUUCCUAUCAAACUAUGUUGUUUUAUGCCAGAAAUAUGUCGAUGACUUCCUGUUCUAUGGCUACAAAGAUUCAAUUGAACAGCUUAAAAGAGAUAUUACUGAGAGUACAAAAUUGAAUUAUACAAUCGAGAAGGAAGAAAAGCCUCAAUACAACGAAAUUAUAAACGGACAAAAAUUAUUAGGAAAAAUCUCUUUUCUUGACAUUGACAUUUACAGAACCACACAUAGGAUAUAUAUGCGAGUUUACAAAAAACCAAUGGCCAGUGAUCGCUCAUGUCAUUAUCUGAGUUCCUGCGCCCAAAUAUGGAAAUUAAAUACAUUACGAGCGCAUAUAAACCGUAUAUUAAAAAGGACAAGUAAUAUAUUUUUACUAGAAGAUCUAAUAAAAAUGGAACAAGUUUUUCAACACAACAUGUAUCCCCAGAUAUAUAUUGACCAAACAGUACGUUCACUGGUUAGAAAUAAUAUAGAUAUGUUACAAAAUACAUUGAAAAAUGAGCCAAAAAACAGUCAACACCCAAUUCACAACUUGGGUGAUAUAAUUGAGCGAAUAACCAUACUGUACCAAUACCUAAAAUUAAAAUAUAUAAAGGAGAAAAUACCUGUUUAUCGUCUACCAAUCAAAAGAAUGCCCUACACAAAAAAAACUAAACAUCAUUACCUAAAAUCAAAUGUAUACGUCUGCGAAGAAUUUAAAAGCGUUGUAGAAACAAUAUGCAAAGGAUUGGAUCUAGGUAAUAUCAAGACAUCAUAUACACAUUCAAACCAAAUCAAUUUCAUCAAAAAAACUUUUAAGAAAAUCCUAUCAACCACUGCCAGUCGUAACACACCAAAACUUCCAUCAAUUCAGCAGCAUCACAAACAUCAAACAGACCAUAUUAUUCAAAAACAAGGAACCACACAUCCUUAUGAUAGAAAAUUUACAAUAACACAGAAAAUUACUUCAUGCAGGAUGAUAAACAGUCUACCUAUCACAAAAAAACAUCCAUGCAAAUCAGCAACUUCAAGGUUCCAUUCAUAAAUAUAAAUACAUGGACCAAAAACUUUUCCAGAACAAAGAAAAAACAAAGGUGCAAAAACAUUUUAACAACAAAGAAAACAAAUUCAAGAGACCACAUCAGAUACUAAACUAUCAAAAUUUCAACAAAACAGAAUGGAAAACAAAUAAGACCUAAUUCAAUACAAAAAUAUGGAGACAGGCCAAAAUAAAAAUGAAAUUACAUUGAUCAAUAAGACAUCAUAUUCAUGACAAUACGAAUCAAGAAAAAAAGAAAGAGAGGCUUUUCAAAUAAGAAUGCCCCGACCAAGAUCUCUUCAUCAUAUAUCGUUCGUUGCAACACACACCGUUAAUCACAACAUAUUUUCCAUUUUUUAACACAAAUAAAACAAUCCAUAUAUGCUAAAAACACUCAUAGUCUAGCAUAUAAAAAUCAAUACACAUUCACCUAUCCAUGAAAAACAUACAUAUGUUAACGAAAACAACAAAAGAUACAAAAACAAAAUAUCAAAACAUGAAAAUAGUUACUAUUUCUACUGACUUCCUCAUAUAAUAUUUUGUAUGUUUAUGUAUUCCAAAUCAUAUAUUGAAUAAUUUAAAAAUACAAAUUCUAAAUAUUUCAAUAUAGAGAAUGUUGAAUAUAAAAAAUAUAAAAAAAUAUAUAAAGAAUUUAUGAAUUCCUUAUUUUUUUACUCAAAUAUAGUAGAUUUAAAGUAUUAAAUUUUCUGAAAAACUAAGAAUAUGUUUAAAAAUAUUAUAAAUGUUAUUUUUAAUAAAAAUGUAACUUAAAUUUUUCAUGAAAAUGUCAGCAUUCCAUUAUACAAAUAUAUAAAUAUUUGAUUAUAAAUUAUAAUUUUCUUAUAAUAACCAAAAAUAAACAAUAACAAACCAUUGUAUACUAUUCUUUCCCUUUCAUAUGUACAUAGAAUAAAAGAAUAUAAAAUUUAAUAUGUGUUAAAAAAACUUUUCUUUC